GCCGCGCCGGGCCGUGAGCGCCGCGCUCCGCCGCCGCCUCGCCGCCGCCCGAGCCCCUCUGAAGCGCCCGGCCGCCGGGAACAUGGCCCUGGAGCAGCUCGGCUCGGUCCUCAAAGUGUUGCUGGUGACGGCGCUCGUGGCGGAAGGGAUCGCUGUGGCCCAGAAGACGCAAGAUGGACAGAACCUCGGGGUCCGGCACAUCCCCGCCCCGCAGUGUGGCAUCUGGGUGCGAACCAGCAACGGCGGGCACUUCGCCUCUCCCAAUUACCCCGACUCUUACCCGCCCAACAAGGAGUGCGUCUACAUUUUGGAAGCUGCUCCACGGCAAAGAAUAGAGGUGACCUUUGACGACCAUUUUUACAUAGAGCCAUCGUUCGAGUGCCGGUUUGACCACCUGGAAGUCCGCGACGGGCCAUUCGGCUUCUCCCCGCUCAUUGACCGGUUCUGCGGCGUGAGGAGCCCUCCGCUGAUCAGGUCGACGGGGAGGUUCAUGUGGGUCAAGUUCAGUUCUGAUGAAGAACUCGAAGGAAUGGGAUUUCGCGCCAAGUACUCCUUUAUUCCAGAUCCAGACUUUACGUACCUAGGAGGUAUUUUAAACCCCAUCCCAGAUUGCCAGUUCGAGCUCUCAGGGGCGGACGGGAUCGUGCGCUCCAGCCAGGUAGAGCAGGAGGGCAAGACGAAGCCCGGCCAGGCGGUGGACUGCAUCUGGACCGUCCGGGCCGCCCCAAAGGCCAAGAUCUACCUGAGGUUCCUGGACUACCAGAUGGAGCACUCCAACGAGUGCAAGAGGAACUUCGUCGCCGUCUACGACGGAAGCAGCUCCAUCGAGAACCUCAAGGCCAAGUUCUGCAGCACAGUGGCCAACGACGUCACGCUGAGGACGGGCGUCGGCGUGAUCCGCAUGUGGGCCGACGAGGGCAGCCGCCUCAGCAGGUUCAGGAUGCUCUUCACCUCCUUCGUGGAGCCUCCCUGCACGGGCAGCACCUUCUUCUGCCACAGCAACAUGUGCAUCAACAGCUCCCUCGUCUGCAACGGCAUCCAGAACUGCGCCUACCCGUGGGACGAGAACCACUGCAGAGAGAAGAAAAAGGCGGGACUCUUUGAACAGAUCACCCGAACUCAUGGGACGAUUAUCGGCGUCACGUCCGGGGUCGUCCUGGUCCUUCUCAUCGUCUCCAUCUUGGUCCAGGUGAAACAGCCGCGGAAGAAGGUCCUGGCCUGCAAGAGCGCUUUCAACAAGACCGGGUUCCAGGAGGUGUUCGACCCGCCGCACUACGAGCUCUUCUCCCUGCGGGACAAGGAGCUGGCCGCCGACCUGGCCGACCUGGCCGAGGAGCUGGACGGCUACCACCAGCUGCGCCGCACCUCGUCCGCCUCCCGCUGCGUCCACGACCAUCACUGCGGCUCGCAGGCCUCUGGCGGCAGCGGCGGCGGCCGGCCGAGCAGGACCAACCUCACGGCCGUGGAGCUGCCUUUCCGAAACGACUUCGCACAGCCCCAGCCCAUGAAGACGUUCAACAGCACCUUCAAAAAGAGCAGCUGCUCGUUCAAGCAGGCGCACGAGGGCCCCGAGCAGGCCCUGGAGGACAGAGUGAUGGAGGAGAUCCCCUGUGAGAUCUAUGUCCGGGGCCGAGAGGACGCCGCCCGGGCGUCCAUCUCCAUCGACUUUUAGCCUCUGGCCGCCGGCGACCCACACCACAAAGGCCGUGCAGACGCGCCCGGAGCGCCGCCCGCAUUCCGCAGAGAGCCCUUCUGCCAGAGCUACGCGGCCCUUCAUCCCCUCGCCACCUGCCGCGAUGGUGGCGUUUUUAUGAUCUCAGGCAGCCGACGUGCAUGGAACCGGCCAAGGAGCCUGCUCCGUCAGGUGAGAAAACAACAGCCACCUGUUGCUCAGUGUCCUGGGAGCACCGCAGCAGCGAGAUGGCAUUGGCGGGGCGCGGGCGCGGGGAGCCGCUGAUGGACACGGCUCUGCCAAUAUUUUGAUCCCCCAAGAAGCUGAAAGAUAAGGUUUUUCUCUACGUUCCUCUUAUUUUUUUUUUCUUUAAACUUAAUUGGUUGCGUAAGCCAGAGAUUUUACCAUUUCAUUUUCUGACAUCAGGGUACGUGGUUAAAGGGCCACACGUGUUUCUACUUGGGCAUUUGUUCUAGAGUUUGUCACUGCACGAUCGUUUCCAUGGUGAGUCCAAUUAAGACCCAGCGCCAUGCUUCCUCCAUCUGCUUCUUCCUGACUGAUUUCUAGAUUGUUCCCUUCUCAUUACUGGACUCUUAGUCUUUAUUUUCUGUACGAAGCAGAUGAUACGUUGUGAUUUAGCACCUUGAAGUCAUAUUUUGUCUUGGUUAUAGCACAAAAUUUCACAGUUUGAGGACGUAUGUGCCAUUGCCAAUUAUGACUAAAAACUUGAAAAAGAUGAAAACUUCUAGAAAUCCUUUGAAACUUCCCAAAUUUGGUCGCAUGCAGUGGUAACCCACCCAUGCCUGUGAGCAGAGCCACUCAGUGCAUUUUUGGAGAGGCGGGCGGUCGUGUCUGUGCCCAGGGUUCCUCACCAGCAGACGUGUCUCCUGUUAUUUUCACGACGGGGUUGCGUGGCCCCCUUUGCGCUGGUCUGUCUCGGAGUGCACGGCGCCCAAGGCUGCCUGGGAGGGACGGGGAAACCCCUACGAAGCUGUAGGGGCCUUCACAUCGCUUCUCACUUGGGGCGAUGCAUGUCUCUAGGUCUUACCAAGAAUAACAACUUCCACUUUUUUUUUAAAUGCACUUUUGACGUUCUGUUUUUUUUUUUAAUGGCAUAGAAACAAUAAUUUAUAAACGUGAUGCAAAGAUCCAUUGUGCUUUUUCAGACUUUUGAUAUUAUUUGAUACUGUGCAAGCUUUAUUAAAUCGAGAUUGAAGCCUCGCGUGACAGGUUUCUCUGGGUGCCCCAGCGGCAGCUUUGUAUCCAGAGAAGCUCCGAGGGGGGUGUGCACUGUAACUUACUGUAAAGGUCGCAGUCGUGUGUACAUGAGCUUUCUCUGUCCUUUUGUUAUUGCAUUUGGUUUAUGAUAGAAAUUUCCACUGUGUGGUAUUUAUUGUUCUACAUCACUACACACAUCUUACAUUAAAACAUACAUUGUUACAUGAUUCUUCAAUCAUAUUAUUUAUAGCACUGAGAUUUUGGAUCUUAGAUAUAUAUGGAAAAGAAUUUGUUUAUUGAAUUAUAACGAAUACAGACAUGCCAUUUAAACAGGAUACAUUCUCAUUUCCUAUGGUUUUUGUAGUAAAUUCUCAAUGAAUUGAGAAAUUGAAAUUUGACUGGGUUUUGUUAAUUCUUUUAAAUAUCACGUCUGUGUUUUCUCAGAUUAGUGGAAACUGUGACCUUAAAUGAUACAUAUGUAAUACUUCCUCAAAAUGAGUUUUAUUAUCACUUUUUUUAUUUUUAAAAAAUAUAUAAUAUCCAGAAGAGAGGAAAAUAUGCACAUAGUGUAUAUUCAUGAUUUGAGGGUUUUUUAGGUCAGCCUAAUUUCUCACUUUAAAAAUGCAACUUGGGAAGGUAAAAAGACUUCAUGAAUGUACUGUUCUAUAAAUUAAUGAACCAGAGCCAGAGAAAUAGCUCAAGUGUUUCAAAAGCUGUGUUGAGUAGGCCUUUUAAUAGGUAACUUGCCAGCCAACAUUGGAACAACAUAGUAAAUACUUAAUACCAUAACAACUGAUCUCAUUUUCCAUGAUGAUGAAGGGAAAAUUAGCAUAUUUCUAUGUAAAAUAUAAUAUCCAUUGUAAAAACAGCUGUUAUCCAUAUUUAACAUCUAAAUUAUAGUAGAAAAUACUACAGGAUGCUGAACUACAUUACCUAUAGUCACUAUAACUUUAUUUUUGAAAUUUGUAUCACGUUCUUGAAAUAAGCAUGAAGAGGCCUAUCAAACACAGCCUUUAAAGAACACAUUUAAUGUGGAAACAGCACAACACAGCGAGUAAAGCUGGGACAACAAAUUUGGCUCUCAAUCUUCUGGCUGCUAGAACCAACGAAAUCGUUUUUGUUUUUCACAGUAGAAAACCCAAACACUGAGGCUGGUUUUCUCUUAUUCUAAAGAAAGAGAGGGUUUUAACCAGACCACAUCUCCUUAGAAUUUAAAAUUCCGAACUGCACGGAGAGGCCACAGCGGUACAUCUGAGCCCGGCGAAGGCGCCGUGGCACGGGGACCGCGCGCUCAGCCAGCCUCGGCCGCCGCGCCGCGCCGGCCUUCGCUGAACUGGAGACGGGUGUUUGACCUCCUUGAGCUCUUAGGCAAGUAUUCGGCAGGCUAAGAGGAGAACAGAACUACUAAACAGUAGGCGUUAUUACUAGCAUAAUGCUCAUUGUUUGUUGUAAAUAGAGUCUUUUAUCUUUGAGGUCGGUGAGAAAACUUUUCCAAUUGUUUACUAAAGUAAAAGCCAUAAAUCUUACUAGUGGAAGGUGGAAUUUAGCCACCUUGUGGGAGUUAGCGCACCCUUUACAGAGAACAUGGUGCCCAGUGUUCACAUGCGAGAGAAAGUGCCCAUCUGUGGGGACCCCCUCCACUCAGGAGUGGCAUCAACCACAGCUCUACAAAGUGUCAUCAGCCUGCCUUCUGGGACACGGCAGAUCCUACACGUCGCAGGAAGCCCGAUGACCACCCGCGUCUAACGUGUUUUGGACCAAAGGAUGAGGCUCCUUUUGUGGGGGGCGCUGUCUGCUUCUGAAGCGUUGGACAGACUCACUGUCGCCUGAGGAGCCUUGUGAGCCGCAGAGGGCGUCGGCCCUACGGCUGCCUUCGGAGGUGUGUCCCCGGAAGAACUGGGACAGGAAACGCCCUGUGGUUCCGGGAACAGUUCUCAAUCCAAGGAAGGAUGCACUCUUGCAAGCUGGUGUCUGCUGCACUGUUCAUGUUACUUCAUUUCACGUAGUAAAAAGAAUAUGUCUUGGAUCCGACUCAUCAGACUGGUGAGAGGGAACCUUGAGGCCUUGGGUGUUGUAAGAUCCAAGAAAGAGGAUCUGGUCCAACUUUGUUAAUGAGAAGACUGGAGCCAGAGAAGCGGGUCUCGCAGCUCGGAACCGUGCCCUUGCGUCCUGGGGCCUCCCUCUCUGAGUUCUAAAAGCCAAGCAGUUUAAACAGCAGCCCCGACGGUCCACAUAAGCUUGUCAUUCUGAUUUAAAAUGUAAUUUCUCUUAUAACCGUUUUUUUAUCAAAGCAUUGUUUAACUUUUUUCUCUUUACUGUGUAAACUAUGUCAUUCUGCAAUUUUGCUGCCAUGAGUUCUUGGCACCUACAAACUCAGCAAGAGAACUACUGUGAAUCCUUAAUAAAACAAAGUUUGUUAACCAUU